UUCCUAUCGACGCGAAUGACGUGCGCAAGCAGCGUGCUGCGCCCGCUCGUCGCGCUCGCAAUCGACUCGGAGAACGCUCGCCUCUGUCGCGCGCAGUCGCUCGCCGCCUUUUACGACGUCGUGCUCGCUCACAACGCGACGCUCCCCGCGUCUUUUGAAGCCAACGAGGCUUGUCGCGCAGUCUACGCGUCGCUGCAGGCGCUGGCACGCAAUUCUACGACGCCCGACUGCGUCUGGGACGCCGCCAACAGUUCACUCUCGGCGCUGAGCGCAACGCCGUGGCGUGACAUGCUUCUCUCGCUGCCAGCCGUGGUCAUGUCGAGCGCUGACGCCGCCGCGGGGGCCAGAUCGGAGCCCGGUGGCGGCCACACUGUGAUUGUCAUUGUCGUCGCUGUCGUCGUCUUGGGCCUCGCCGCCGUUGUCUUUGUCAAGAUCGCCACGCGCCGCCUCGCCGCCGAGCUCUACGUCCAGAGCUUGGAGACCAAAAUGGCCGCCCCCAAAGGCAUCCACGAGGACGAAGUGAUGUGGACGGGGGAUCGCGUGCCAGGAGAAGUGUCGGUCUAGUUGUCAAGUGUGUAUGGUCAUGUGAAUACGAGACGCGCUGUGUGGUUGAGUAUCCGUAAGAAAUUGUGUACAAGUUGUCA